CACGUGGCCGGCGCGUUUGCUGCAGGAAGGUAAAGCCCUGCUGAGAGCGAACUAGGGGUCAUGCCGUGGGGUCGUCUCUGCGCCUGCGCCCUGCCGGGAUGCUGAACCUUGCGGCGCUGCUGUGGCGCCGGCUCCUGCGCAAGCGCUGGGUGCUCGCCCUGGUUUUCGGACUCUCGCUGGUUUACUUCCUCAGCAGCACCUUCAAGCAGGAAGAGCGGGCCGUGAGGGACCGGAACCUCCUCCAGGUCCAAGACCGGGAACAGCCCAUCCCGUGGAAGGUGCAGUUUAACCUCGGCAACAGCAGCCGGCCCAGCAACCAGUGCCGGAACUCCGUGCAAGGGAAACACCUCAUCACCGACGAGCUGGGCUAUGUCUGCGAGAGGAAGGACCUGCUGGCUAAUGGCUGCUGUGACGUCAGCGUCCCCAGCUCAAAGCAGUACUGCUGCGACGGGUGCCUGGCCAAUGGCUGCUGUGAAGCUUACGAGUACUGCGUCUCCUGCUGCCUGCAGCCCAGCAAGCAACUUCUCCUGGAGCGCUUCCUCAACCGGGCAGCUGUGGCCUUCCAGAACCUCUUCAUGGCGGUUGAGGACCACUUCGAGCUGUGCCUGGCCAAGUGCAGGACUUCCUCCCAGAGCGUGCAACAUGAGAACACAUACCGCGACCCCAUAGCCAAGUACUGCUACGGAGAGAGCCCGCCGGAACUCUUCCCUGCAUGAGGCCCGGCGGAGACACACCUGGAACCAGUCUGGUCCGCUGGUGUAAUGAAGGAGAAAUCCACAUAAGGAUCCUUAACCAUGUCUUACAACUUCGGGUGUCUCUGGCUCCCUCACCAACAGCUGGAGCAGAUGGGCGGAGUCCUUCUACAGAGCAGGCUGGGUGAAGUCCUGGUACCUCUCAGGGCCCUGGAACUGCUGGUCAGAGGCCGGGGCCCUUGCUUCUGUUUUGAUCCUACAUUGUAGCUAUUUAUUGACUUUUCAAGUGGUGCAAGGGGUGGUUUUUCUGUGCAGGACACCUUUGCCUGUCCAGAUGAAUCCAUCGGAGGAGGUGACCGUUGCUCUGGGUUCCUGAGUGUCACAAGUGCGUGCGUGCUCCUGCACCGGAGGAAGAAAGUUUGUCUCUGGGAGCGUGGGUGUACAGACUCAGUUCUGGUUCUGUUUUAACAUCUGACCAGCAGGCCUUGUAUCCAUAUCCCAACGUUCAGCAGUGCCUAAAGCCUCAGGGAGGUGCUGGUCCCCACUGCGCCUCGGGAGAGCCGCCUCCGAGUGCUCAUAUACAGAAAUGGUAGACGGGACGCCUGAAUCCCUGGUCACCGUGUCUCCCUGAAACCCUCAGCCUCAGGGCAGGGGAGCCUUUCCCUUGUCUGUCACGGAAGCCAGUGGGGACUGGCGAAUGUGUGCAUGUGUGGCAGGCGUUCAUUUUUGCCUGCUUUCUGCUCCGGGUGGCGUUUAUAGAGAAAAACCUCUUACUCCAGCCUGUAGUGAGUUCCACAUCCACCGUCAGUGGGAGGUGAAUGUGGUAGCCACGGUCUAGGGAGUGUCCCAAAGGCAGGCCCGUGUCCAGUGCUUGCAGGACAGUUGUUACCAGUGACUGAGAUGGAGAUCUUAAACCUAAGAUCAAGAUAUCUCCUCUUGCCCUCUCCUGUCCUGUCUUCAGGCCAGCCAUUAACACACACUUCUCCCCAGACCUUUCACUCAUCUGUACGGUGGGCCAUGGCAUUUUGUGGUUUUGGUUAAGGUUGACCUGGGACCGGCCAUGUGCUCAAGAUUUUCUAUUUGUGGCCUUGUGGAGCAUUGUCUUACAGGAUGGAAUUUCCUUCAGCUCCCUCCCACUUCCUCUUGCUGUUGACGUCAGAAUUCUAUUUUCUUAGCUCUACCGAAGGUCAGACUGAUAGGCAGUUGCUCCCUUGUUUUGUCUUGCCAUGCUGGGAUCGAACCCAGGACUGGGUGUGUGAUUGGCAAACUCGCUGUUACUGAGCCACAGCCCUGACCAGGGAAUCGAUUUUUAGUGUUAGAUCCCAGUGAUUCUUUUCUGUUUGCUCUGGACUCAGUAUGUUGGCUCAAACUUCAUGAAAGAACUGGGUGAUCCUGCACAUUCUGACACAUACCGGAAUGUUCUGGCUCAUUCCCACUGUGCUGUGUGUCUGACGCCAGCCUUGAGCUCCUGAUUCUCCUCCCCUGGGAGGAGUCCACCCUUGGUCGCUGGUGGCACUGGUCGGCCUCCCCCUCAAGUUCAUUUUCAGAGUGUUGACCCAGGUUUAGUCCGUGCAGUCAUUCCUGUGGACAGCUCCCCCGACUUGGCAUGAUUAUUAUGUCCGUGAGUUUAUAGUCUGCGUCAGUGUGAUCAAGAAUCCAGUCUGCUUGUGCUUCACGCCAUAGAUGAGGACAAGCAAGAGACAGGCCCUCCCGAGCCGCAGCCAAGACAGUGAUCAAACACACACAGGAGCUCAUCUCGAAUCCCACCCAUGGCCUCUAGUGCAGAAUCGCUUCCACGCAGUCUCCCCUAAGAGUGGAUGACCCAUAGACAGGAGGGGGCAGAGUUGUCAUCUACAUCCACACGAAGUCACUUUCAGAUUGGCUGUGGCUAGAAUUCAGAUGGGAUUUCUAAAAUCAGAGGCUGUAGAUUUGUGUACAAGACUCGAGGGAAUCACCUGAUAAUCUAUGGGGGACUCUGGGGAAGAGAGGAGGUGAGAACACCCACAGCCUAGAAGGGAUGUUUAAUGCUAUUAAGUGUGAGGGGCUGCAGACAGGAAGGUCUCAAGCGCGGCUCUCCCUUCUGAAUGUGAGUACACGGGACUUCUUGCUGGGAAUGCUGGGAUACCACACGUGUAACCUUGGAGAGAAGAAACAAUAGCAGGAGCGUCCUGAAGUGGGUGCAGGAAAAGAAUGUAGCCCCCUCCCCCAGCCCUGCCAGGCCACAGCCAGGGAUAAGCCCCUGCGUUCUUGUAGAAGUAGAGGAGGUCCUUUAGGGCACAGAUGGAGCCCUUCACACACCCCGAAGGCUGACUACGGGCCUUUCCAGGAGCAGCAUGGGGAACGCUGGGAUUGAGUCCUGUUCUUCCCAGUUUUGGGCUUUGCAGGUAAAUCACGAGCUGGCUGCUUCUCACAGCCGGGACAGGAAUGUGGCUGGAGCCUGGGACCACUGCUUCUCAGUGUGGCUUUUCAUUUAGAAAAUGGGGUUGCAUGUUUACGUGCCCUGAGGUAUCCUGAGUGAGACCCAACCUCCCGAGAGGCCAAUGUCGGCAGCCCCUGGGAAGCUAUAAGGCAAGGAUGCACAGCCGAGGGCUAGCAGGAUGGAAGAGCAUUGGCUGUGGUAAUUAGGAACUUACGCUGAGAGGGUCUUUGUUUUUUAAUUAGGGAAUUGGGGACUCUGGCUGUAUAGAGAGGACAUGACCGAUCCAAGGUCUGGUUGAGGGGAAGGUGCUGUAGAUACGAGGAUGAGGGAGAUGGCCUGAGGCACCCGGAAGAGUCCAGAGGGUGGGGAGAAAGCAUGACCCUGAGAGAGGGCAAGACAAAGGAGUGAGGGGGAUCAAGAGGGCGUGGCCAAAAUGGCACAGUUCUAAAGGGAUGGGAAGCUGGAGGAAGGGACGCUGGGGACAGCCGGCACCCCAUAGGCAGGCGAACAAGCACCAUAGUUAGCUGCUUGUCCUGAGGUUGGUUGGUUUGGAUUGCCUUUUGGACCUGACACUGAGGAUAAAAUAAUCACCUAAAACUAAAAAUCAUGUCGCCAGAGAUGAGAACCAGCUACCUUCUCCUUCCUCUCACUUUCCAGGUGAAAACCAACCAACCAACCAACCAAAGACGUGCUUCCUCCUUGGAAACACUCCUGUGGGUUUAUUAUCCGCAGGCCUGCCUGACAGACAUCCACUCACUUGGUUAGUUAGGACAGGACUAAGACGUGUAGUGCUUGUGUGUAUGGGCACACACACACACACACACACACACACACACGCAUUCCUAUCUUAGGCAUGGCCAUGGUCUAGAGCUGGGGCUGUCCGUGACACCAUCUUCUCUCAUUGAGCCCGCCACCAAUAGGUCCCAGACUUCCUGCUCAUUCUGCAGACCCGUUUCUGCUGGGUGGAUGGUGAGCUCACUAAACAGGCGGCACAGGUUAACUGCACGGCGCCUUGAGGCAGGAAUGUGCUGUUAUGUGAGCGUGUCCUGUGGGGAAUCACAGCGUAAUUUAAUCAGCACUUUAGCAUGGUGUCUCUCCAGGGUGGGGAAAUAAUGAAGUCGGCGCUCAGUACUGGGAGUUCUCAGUUCAGCCUCAGGCACAGCCGUGACCUAGAGCUGGGCUCAGUUACUUCAGCACUGCCAGGAUCCGUAGUGUGACUGUCCUAGACGCUGUGGACCAGGGAGGGAGCAGCAUCGAGAACUCCCAACCCAUUAGGGACAAGUGGUAUCUCCCAGCUGUGAAGAUGGGAUUUCCAGACACUGCCAAAUGUCCGCUGAGGGUCAGGGGUCAGGGAGGGACUGCCCCUGUGUUACAAACCACUGCCCUAACUCUAUUAGAAAGAUAGGGUUGUGAACCAAUUACUUGAGCUGCACAGGAGGGAAAGGUAACGGAGAAGCAGCUGGACUGAGGUUUAAAUUCCAGGGGGCUAAAGGUAGAUAGGGAAUUUGAGGCUAGCCUGGGAUACAGAGAGACCCACCCCUUGCCCCCAACUCAAAGGCAAAAGAAAGGGCAGCAAGAGAGAGACGUCUUUAUUUCAGGCGUCAUUUCAAAAUGUUCUGUAGUAACCAAUAGGAUGAAGAGACGGAAUCAAAUAGGAAAUCAACCUGUGGGGUGUGGUUCAGCUCGAUGUGAGUUAGUACACACAAACUGAUAGUUGUAUUAGUAGACAUCAUAUCUGUAGAACCAGGUGGGAUGGCACUUGGAAUGCUGGGCAGGAGAAUCCAAGCCCAAGGACAGCUUGGGUUUCAUACUGAGACCUGUUCAAAACACAGCAUGUUUUUUUAAAAGUUCAAUAAAAUAUUUUCUCAGGUGUUGGUGGUUGGGAUGAUAAAUGUGACGAUCUGUGUGUUGCUGUAGGCAUGUCCCAUGCAUUGGCCAUGUGUGUGUGUGUGCAUAUGUGUGUGUGUGUGUGCAUGGUGCAUGUGCAGCUGUGUACUGUGUGGAUCAGUGGUCUGGGAUCUGACUGGCAUUCUGACCCACCUCAUGGGAGGCCAGGCAUCUGUGAACUUGGUUAACGUCUCUCUCUGGCUUUGUCUGGUCCUUAUCAGUGAGAAUGAUUGCUAACACAUUUAUUGGUCCCACAUCCUGGCUUUGACCAUCAGGAGAUGCCAUCCAGGACCCCGUUGUCUUCGGAGCAACUCCUCUCCGAGGCAUCCGGGAGAUAGAGCAAAGCCGGACAGAUGCUCUCUUCAUCUUCUCUGAUUUUCUUGGGUACCGUUUGCUUCCAUGCUUGCUGCCCUGCAUCUCUGGAGACCGCCGCUGCAGUGUAAGUUCUCGGACACACAGAGCUGUGAGUGUAGAUUCCCUUCACGCUGCACCUGAGGUACUCAGCAGCCUUAAGCAGAGAUGCCCAGAGCAUGGCAGAUUUCCCAAGCAGGACCUCUCCAGGUAUCUCUCAGCAUACGGUGUCUCUUACAAGGUAGAAACCCUAAAAGCAAGCCUUCAAAACUGAAUUGAAACCUUCAGUUCUUGGUCUCAAGGGAUACCCACAGCUGCAAUGGGAAGUUCUGCCUCACUUUAUGUCUAAAUGUAUCCUUUAUAUUUGUUCAUAAAUAAAAAUGGAAUCCCGCUACA